GGUCCCCGCGUGCCUCCACCCAGCCAGGCCGCCAUCUUCUGGCGCGUCCUUUCCAGCGCAACAGCGGCGCCCGCUCCCAGACCUCCGCUCGCCAGGGACGGCGCUUCCCAGCCCGCGUGUCCGGGGCGUCCGGAGCGGAGGCCGCCGCCUGGGCGGGGCCGGGGGCGGGGCCGGCGCGGCGGUAGCUGCGCGGCCUGUCUCUCCGCCCGCCCCCAAGCCUGGGCGGGGAGGGCGGGGCCAGGAAGCGGCGAGCGCGCCGGGGAGCGCAGCUGCGGGCUAGGGGGCGGCAGGAGCCGCGGAGCCGGCGCUGAGAGCGGCCGAGGCCGGGGCGGGCGGCCGAGACAAAGGAGGCGGGCCAGUUGUGAGUGUGUGGAUUUUUUGAGUGAAACCUGGAACCCAAAUGAGAAGAUACCAGCAAAGGACAACUUCUAUUGACAAAUUACCUGUUAUAGGCCCUGAGCCAAGACAACAAUUUUUAUAUUCUUGGUGGUUCAGAAAAGAGUCUCUGUAGAGCCAGAAGCAAAGAAAGGAAAGAGUCUGACUUUUUCUUCAUUAAAUUGACUGUAUAAAAUACUUCCAGGAAGAAAACCACAGAGAAAUAAUACAGUUAUUAUUCUGGCAUCAUUGGACUUUGAUCAUAUUGAGGAGUGUGCUUUGUGAAGCUUCCCAAGCUGAGAUUUGGAAACUUGAUUGGUGCUCAUUUACAUCUUGGACUGUAAGCAUGAGUGAAUUCUGGUUGUGUUUCAACUGCUGUAUUGCAGAGCAGCCUCAACCUGGACUCCGAUGCACGCUGAAGUCUGAGAGCCAUGGCUUUCAAGGCUCCACCAAUUGUAAGACAGAAGCGGUGACUGCGGUUGAUCUGCUCUCGGGGGCACAGCAUUACUGUGGAGCAGAAAACAUAAAGCCAAAAAAGACGCCGGCGGAUAGACAGAAGUAUGAUCGGAGAGCCGACAAACUUUGUGCACACGGCCCAUGUGGGAUCGGGAGACCUGUUCAGUGGGAUGAACUCAGUCAGCUCCAUCCAGAACCAGAUGCAGUCCAAGGGAGGCUACGGGGGCGGGGUGUCCGCCAGCGCGCAGCUGCAGCUCGUGGACACGAAGGCGGGAUAGCCCCGGUCCCUUCCCCGCAGCCAGACCCUGUGUGUCCCCUCCUGCCGGCACGCCUGCCUUUGGACCUGCGGACUCGUUUGGAGUGUGGCUUAAUGUUCAUCAGUAUGGAUCUGAGCUCAGCAUGAUCUUUUCUGUGAAUGCUAACACCACUUUGCAUCCUUUAUUUUCCACUUUAAACAUUUUCUUCCAACCCUUUCUGCCUUACGGUUUGUUGGUAAGCACGACCUGUUAAUAUUUGUUAAUUGGCUACCAUUUAUGUAUAUUUUGGAAGGUAUGAGACCCACAGGCACAAUGAUUUUUAUUCAUCUGGGCAGGUGGACACCUGCAUGUUCUAUGGCACUGCCUCGUGUGGGGAGCCAGGUCACAGUUCCACAAAAAGGCAGCUUGUACUCAUACAUAUGUAAAUGUUGAGUAUAUUUAUUUGUAGAGCAAGGACUUAGGAUUGUAAACACCAUCAUCUUUAAAUGGGUACCUUAACAGAGGACCAGCUACUGUAACAGUCUGUUGGAAUUCUGGCCUGUAUUGCCGGCUGUAGAGUCACUGGCCUUUCUAUGAUUUGGGGGAUGGCGACAGCAUAAGUUAUCAAGAGCAACAUACCAAUCUGGCUGAACUUGGCCGUGAGGAUGAUGGGGAGAAAUCUUUGCUCAGGUUACAAAAUGUUUAUUCUUGACAAAUUUUAUGAAUUUUAGAUGUUAACAUUUCAUGCAGCAGCAAAUGAGGCUUAAUUGAAGACUUAUGAAAGGUACUGGAAGUAAUACUCCAUUAUGCCCCAGUUCUUUGGAAUUCACCCAGUAGUGGGGCAGUAGACUAGACUGUUUGGUCCUUGAAUUUCUGCAAUUUUGAGCCUUCACUGCUGUCCAUCCCAGAGACUCUGUCAAGGGAAAACAUUUAUGCUUAUUAACCAAGAUAGUGCACCAGCAAAACCAUAGCUUGCCUGUGUGAGGGCGCCUGCUGCGUGCAAGCACUUUAAUGAUGACAUCCUGGCAUUGUCAGCACUGAGGCUGUCUAGGGUAUUUGUCCUGUAACCCCUACAGCACCACUCCAGGGAGGAGCCAGGGCCCCGAUUCCCAGGGGAUGGGACCACGUGCCAAGGAAGGUGCCAAUACACUCAGUGAAAAAAAUAGUCCAAGAUAAACACCUUGAACAAAUUUUUUUUAGGGAGGCUGCAUUCCCACAUCUAUGUAAAUACAUGUACUUGGGAUAAAGUGAACCAGUAACCUUCCAAGUUUGAUUAAAUAGGAUUGACUGUUAAUACUUUUUGCUGAAAUACAUGCUAACAGCUGCUAAUAAGGGAAGUGGAAGGGCUGGUGCCAGUAGCAGAGUGGAAAUGGUGACUGGGUGCGUUAAGCAGUGGGCCUUAUUUAAAGAUACCUUUGUGAGUAUAUUAGCUUUUACUUUGUUAUUAAAUUAUAGUAGUUUCAUUAGAGAAAAGCAAGUUUGCCUUGAUUUUGUUUAAAAUGACUUCUGUUCAGUACCCAGAAGAUAAAAUUGACAUAUUUUUAUAAUAUAAGCAUACUUUUUUUGUACAUUGUGUUCAUUCUUAAAUAAGGUGAGUUAAGUGUUGGCUUGUAGAUAUUAAAGUAUUUGAUUUUGAUUCAAUAAAUGUUUCCCUUCAA